UCGUUUUAAAAUUCUAAGUUGCCGUUGUUAAAGAUUAUGCUUCUCUCCUGUGAUCUACUUUAUACAAGCGCAGGCUGUAAUAACAGUCCUAACAUUGUGUCAUGGAGCAAAAAUGGUCUUAUUGCAUAUGCUUUAACAAACUCAAUAGCGAUAUACUUACCAUUCUGUAAAAGCAUUAAAAAUUCUGGAAGAAUAAUUGAUAUUUAUUGUGAGCAUUUAGAAGAAAUUGUUUUUCUUAAAUGGGCUUCUUUUAAAGAUAUAGAUUUAUUGGCCUCAGCUUCAAAGGAAGGAGAGGUAAAGUUGUCAUAUUUCAAAGAUAAACAUAAGAAUAUUUUGAAAGAUUUUGUAUGCAAAUCUUCCCAGCCUAUACUUAGUAUGGAUAUAAAAUUUUUAUCAGAACAUCAAAUAUUCCUUGUUUUAAGUAGCAUGAACUCUGAUAUAAUGUUUAAUUUAUAUAAUAUAAAAGAAUCAAUCUCACAUUCCCUUACUUAUCAAUUUAAGUAUGAUUAUGUCAUAUCAACAAGCUUUAUUAAAUUAACUGAAACAAGUCUACUCAUAUCAUGUGGACUAACAAAUGGAGAUAUUAAUAUAUUCAUGAUUAAUAUUUCAUCAAACUUUAAUAAGCCAGUAAUAUUAAAUCAUUCUAAUAUAAAUAUAAAGGGCCAUAUGGACUGGAUUCGUGGCUUAGAUAUUAUUAAAAUUCAUAAUACUAUAUAUUUAUUAUCAUGUUCACAAGAUUUGACUAUUAAAGUAUGGAGAAUUUUAAAUUUAAUAAAACAGGACAGAAAUGAAAAGGACAUAUCUGGAGAUGUUAUUGACAUAAUUACUAAUUAUGAUAAGAUUGCGAAAUUAACAAACACAUAUUCGAUAACACUCGAAGCUUCGUUGAAUGCCCAUAAAAAUUGGAUUUAUUCAGUGUACUGGCAUCCCUUAGCUCACAUAGACGAUAAAAAUGAUUCCCACAAACUAUCCUUUAUAUCAGCUUCCAUUGACGAGUCCAUAAUAAUAUGGGAAUAUGAUGAAUUAUCAAAUACCUGGAUUGACAAAAAAAGGUUGGGUGCUAUCAAAGGACUGGGCUUUUAUGGAGCGAUAUUCGACCCCACUGGUUAUAGAAUACUGGCUCACACGCUAAAAGGUGGAUUUUACAUGUGGAAAAAAAUCGGAACUUUAACUCAAAAUGGCGAUGUUUUUUGUAACGAUGGUAAUGGUAUGGUUUAUGAAUGGGAAACGGAUUUUAUGUUGGGGGGACACACUUCAGCGGUUAGUGAUAUAGCAUGGCAAAGUAUAUCCACCACAAAUGAUGAUACCACAUCUAUUCAGUAUCUUCUAUCAGUUAGUUCGGAUCAAUCCACUCGAUUGCAUUGUCCCAUAUAUUUAUCGGAAGAAAACCAAAAGGUUUGGUGCGAGGUCAGUAGGUGUCAGAUACACGGUUAUGAUAUAAAUUGCAUCGCUAGUCUAAAUAGUUUUACUUUUGCUACAGGAGCGGAAGAGAAAAUUAUUAGGAUAUUCAAAUGCCCCAGGAUAUUUGUACAAAACCUUUCUAAAUGGACCAAGAAAUUGUUAUACCCUAGUAUAAACGACUUGGACAAUGGGUGUGGCAUAGAGGGAGAAAAAUUACCUCAAACGGCUAGCAAUAACCCUUUAGAUUUAACGAAUCUCCCCAUAUACACUGAUGAAUCGAGCAUUGAGCGAAAUAAUAUUGUUAAUAAUGCCAAUUUUAGUGAAGAAUAUCCUAGCGAGAACUUGUUGCAUCAGAGCACCUUAUGGCCAGAAGAGAAAAAACUGUAUGGUCAUGGAAACGAAAUAUUCUCGUUGGCCUACGACCCCGUCAACAAUAUUCUUGCAUCUGCCUGCAAGGCUUCCAAGCCCCAGUUCGCUAAUAUAUAUUUAUGGGAUUGCGAUAAUCAUUACACACACUAUCAUAAAGGCGUGCACGAUAACGCAAAAAUAUACAAAUUGAUUGGAAAACUGUCGAUCGAAGGUGGCCAUUCUUUAACAAUAACCCAAAUGACUUUCAGCCAUAAUGGCCGUUUAUUAUUGUCAGUUUCUAGGGAUAGAUCUUGGAAUGUGUACGAAAUAUUAGAUAAUUCAAAAAUGUAUCAAAAAAUUGAUGGAACGAACAAUUCCUUAAAUUCAAAAAAGUUAGUUAAUCAUACAAGGAUUAUUUGGGAUUGCAGCUGGGUAUCCGGCCCUGAAACACUCUAUAAUAAUUUUAUAACCGUAUCUAGGGAUAAAAAGGCCAUACUAUGGACCCAAGAUGAAAAUGUUGAAAGUAAAAGUUUAUGUUGGAACACUAAUAAGAGUCAAAUGAUUUUACUGUCAAAUCCGAUAACUACAGUCGAUUCUAAAGAUUAUCGAUACCAUGGCGAAGACGAUAUUUUGAAAUACCUAGUAGCAUUUGGGCUGGAGAAUAGCUCAAUACAAAUAUGGAUGUUAACUUUAAAUAAAUUAGGAUCAACUGCCGAUUUUAAAUAUUUAUUUGAUAUUUCGAUGAGCUAUAGCUCAACAAUCAAAAGACUACGGUUUAAACCAGAUCUCUCAAAUGAUAAAACAGAAAGUUCAAAGUAUAUCAUAGCAUCAUGUUAUAAAGAUAGCAGCGUCAGAAUUCAUUCGUUUGAAUUUACAGAAACAUAAAAAUAUUUUUAACUAACACACUCUUAACAUUGCAUUAUUUAUUAUGUUUGUAAUUGAU